CAACAUUGCACCAAAUGAAGCAAAUCAAACUUUUAUUCUGUGAGGAAAAAAAAAAAAAAGAAGCUUGUGAUUCAUGCCUCAUUUCUUGUUUUUGGAUGUAUCCGAAAGAUGUUAAGGGAAUCCUAAAUUUGAAGCAACCUUAAAAUGUUGGUCUUCGAGAAUCUGUCUAAGCAGACCAUCAUGCAUGAAAUUGGGAAUUUGAGGCAAUUAUUCUGAAACCUUUCCUCCUCAAAAUCAGAGAAACAAAGAUUUAUAGAAUCUGUUUGUAUCAUGGUUACCCGACACCAUAAAUGGGAUUGGAAAAAAAAUAAAAGUAAAUUCUAUGUAUACCUUCAGAGGUUUGCACUUUUUUAUAAACAUUUCAUGUGAAUCGUUUCUCACCGAUUCAUUUUCGUUAUCAUAAGAAGUAAUAGCGUCAAAAAUAAAGAUAAAGGUAAUUUUGUCAUUUCACUAACAUAUAGUUGACUUUUGAUAUUGUUAUCCAUUUUAAUAAAGGAAAUGAAUCAUAAUGUUAUAAAUUAAAAAAAAAAAUCACAAACAGGUGUAAAUAAAAAAGAUGCAAAUCAGUGGAGUUCAAAAAAACCGAUGGGAACUUGCUUUUGUUUGUUAAGGUAGGGGCGUUUGGGGGCUUUUUCUAGGCCUGGCUUGAUUCAUUGCAUUUCUAAUCAAGAUCGUCCAUACCACGAAUUUAUUGGAUUUUGUGUUUAGGCCCGCAAUUAAAUUUAAUAUUAGUAGUAAUAAUUAUGGAAAUUCAUUAAUAUGUCAGGAUGGCCGAGUGGUCUAAGGCGCCAGACUCAAGUUCUGGUCCUCGAUAGAGGGCGUGGGUUCAAAUCCCACUUCUGACAAUUCCCUUUUUAGCUUACUGUGCUAUUAAGGACGUCGUUUGGCUUCUCGCUACCGUCAUUGAAGAAAACGGCACUUUGUCCACGUCGUUUUGGUUUGCCCCCUGGCUCGUUCAACCAAAAAAAAACCCCCACGUAAGAAUUACACACUAACCAGUAACCACUCCGCCUUACUGGGAACAAAACUCACUGACUGCUGGAAACAGACGGCGAAUUGAGUUCGUUCACCGAGUGAACUCGCCAGCGAUGGACGAGUCACCAAAAGAUAUCUAUGUUGUAACAAGUUUGGAAACGAAAGCGGUCCCAUCUUCGCACCCGCCUUCAAACUCAAAUGGAACUACUCGACAAACACCGGAAGAGCUGGUGGCCCGAGCCAUUGCCCCAAUAAAACGAGAGUUUCUUCGACCCCCACUGCCCUCUAGAACUACCCAAAACGACACCGCCUCCGACUCCAACGCCAAGCAAUCUCAAUCCAACGUAGUCAAGGAAAAGAAAUCAAAACGACAGCUCAAACGAGAGCGUCGUCAGGAACAAAAAUCUGCUUUAAAUCUAUGUCCAGAGAUAGCAAAGACCGGAGAUGCUAAUGCUUGUCCCUAUAAAGAUAAAUGUCGUUUUAGCCAUGACAUACAGGCCUUUAUGGCUCAGAAACCGGCUGAUUUGGAAGGUGAGUGCCCAUUUGUAAAAGCAGAUGCACCGUGCCCUUAUGGUUUGGCCUGUAGGUUUGCAGGCAUGCAUGAGCAUGGUGCUUCUGCUGCAAGUGCUACUGCUAAUGUGUUGAAGAAAAACUCUGAGGUCAAUGGACUAAGCAAAGAUGUUCAGAAACUUUUGUGGAAAAACAAAAUACGCUUUACUAAAGCGGAUGCUGUAAUCAAAUCUCUUGGACUCACGGGGCCCAACUGGAAAAUUAAGAAGCUGAUAGAUAAGGAGGAAGACGAAGUUGUUUUAAAUAGUUCUCACGUUGCGGAUGAUUCAGUUGAUUGUUCUGAAUGUCCUCCUCCAACACUUUCAGCAGCAGAUAAUGCUCAGGAGGCAUGUGCAACUAAUGAGCUUAGACCUUCAAAGAAAGCAAAAUCUGUAGUUGAUGAAAGGUGCUCUGAUGAAGUGGUGGAUGGUGCAACUGUUCUGGAGAAGGAUAUUGAAAAAAAUUCUACAGAUACUGAAUCUGUUCAUACGGUCAAUGAUUUACUUGCAGAACCUGAUAGGAGCCUCAAGAUACACCCUCGUGAAAAGAAGCUUAUUGAUUUUAAAGAAAAGCUGUAUCUUGCUCCUCUAACCACUGUUGGGAAUCUUCCUUUUCGUAGGGUUUGCAAAAUGUUAGGAGCAGAUGUGACAUGCGGUGAAAUGGCAAUGUGCACCAAUCUUUUGCAGGGUCAAGCUUCAGAAUGGGCUCUGCUGAGGCGACAUUCAUCUGAGGAUUUGUUUGGAGUCCAGAUAUGUGGGGCACAUCCUGACACUAUAGCACGCACUGUUGAACUUAUAGAUAAGGAGUGUGCACUGGACUUCAUUGACAUUAAUAUGGGGUGCCCAAUUGAUAUUGUUGUUAAUAAGGGUGCUGGAUCUUGUCUUCUCACAAAACCUUUACGUAUGAAAGGCAUCAUUGAAGCUGCUUGUGGCACUGUAGAUAAACCUAUAACUGUUAAGGUGAGAACAGGUUAUUUUGAAGGUAAAAACCGCAUCGAUUCAUUAAUUGCUGAUAUUUACAGUUGGGGUGCUACUGCAGUGACAAUACAUGGUCGAUCACGACAGCAACGCUACAGUAAACUUGCUGAUUGGGAUUAUAUCUACCAGUGUGCUCAGAAGGCCCCUAGUGCACUGCAAGUUUUGGGGAAUGGGGAUAUUUUCUCACAUUUAGAUUGGAACAAUCACUUAUCUGACUGCCCCAAGCUCUCUACGUGUAUGAUUGCUCGAGGGGCAUUGAUUAAACCUUGGUUAUUUACUGAAAUCAAGGAACAGAGGCACUGGGAUAUCAGUUCUGAGGAGCGGUUGAAUAUUCUGGAGGACUAUGUGCGUUUUGGCCUAGAACAUUGGGGAUCUGACAAAAAAGGAGUGGAAACAACUAGGCAUUUUUUGUUGGAAUGGCUUAGCUACACAUGUAGGUAUAUACCUGUUGGUCUUUUAGAUGUCAUCCCUCAACGGCUGAACUGGCGUCCUCCUUCCUACUAUGGACGUGAUGAUCUUGAGACACAAAUGGCCUCUGAUUCCGCAGCUGACUGGAUCCGAAUAUCUGAAAUGCUGCUUGGCAAGGUUCCAGAUGGUUUCACAUUUGCACCAAAGCACAAAUCCAAUGCUUAUGAUCGAGCAGAAAAUGGAUAAUUUUAUAAUUUUGAUAACUUCAGUUUCUGAGUCGCAGUUAUAUCACGGGAAAAUAUUCCGAGACAUGUAUCAAUGAGAAUAAAGAAACCUAAAGCAAUAACAUUUAAGUGCCGUUUGUGACUAGAACGAUAUAUGUGCUUCAUAAGAAAUUUUCUUUUUGGUGGUCAUCUUUUUUACGAUGGUUUUGUGAAUUCACUUAUCA